AUUGACGCUGGCCCAGUGGGUCUGGUAGCAGCGCUGACGCUCCUCCAAAACGGUAUCUCAGUUUGCAUCAUCGAUAAUCUGGUAGCAACACCCUACCCUCGUGUCGGACAGUGUAGUGCUGGAACAUGGCCGCGCUCCCUCGAACUCUACAACUUCCUGGGCAUUUCGGAAGUCAACAGUCUAGGAACACCAGCCCCUGUCAUGCGUGGAUACAAGCCCGGGAUGUUGGAAGUUCUGAAAGACUCAUUGAUGGUCCCGCAUAUCGAACCUACUCCAGCAAUACCAUUCCUCCUAGAUGUCGUUCUGCGACGCCAUCUAGAAAAAUUCUCUUGUUCUAAUGGCAUAUCAGAAAUUUUUGAUACUGAGUCGAUCAUCGGCGCUGAUGGCAUCGUGCGCAAGCAACUUGGCCUCACAUUUUCGGGCGAGAUUAGAAAGGAUACUCUGAUUGUGACCGGAGACAUCAGCUUGACGCGUUGGCCUCGAUAGACUGGUACGUCUUGUUUUCUACAUAUCUCAUGGAAAGCUAUCCUGAUGCAGCCUUGAAGCAUUGGCACCGAUUUGGAAACUUCCAUGAACCAGGGUAUGUUCAGUUGAGGCUUGGAGACAUGUAUAUUGACGAUAUGCAACCUCUCAUUGUGUCCAACAGACGAAGCUGGCAAUGACGGUUGACAAUUUUUCUUCUUUGGUCAUGAACUAGAUUUGGCAAAGAUUGCUGCGAGCGAAAAGCUCAUUUUCGAGACUAUUGCGUUGUUAAUACCAACGGAGAUUUCAUUCAACAA